AUGACAUCGACACGGCAAGCAUCGACGGCCGAGCACUCGUUCAAAGGCGACUCCGCCUCCGAGAAGAGCAGAGGAGACCAUGGGGACAGUCAAUUCGGCCCCUCGAGUUCCAAUGAUGUCGAGAAGAAUAUGCCGCAGCCCGAGCAGCCGCCCGAACCAUCAAACCUCGUCGAAUGGGACGGGCCACAAGAUCCAAACAACCCCCAGAACUUCGCGACUGCCCGAAAAUGCAGGAUAACUGCCGUGGCUGCCUUGAUGACCUUCGUCAUCUCGUUCGGCUCGUCCGUCUUCUCUACGGCCACUGAGGUGACUGCAGAAGAAUUCGGCACCAGCAAUGAGGUGAUGAUCUUGGGAGUCAGUCUAUAUGUGCUCGGGUUCGCGUGCGGUCCGUUAGUCUGGGGACCGCUCUCAGAGGCCGGGUAUGGGCGCCGCACACCUCUCAUGGCCGGCUUUUUUGGCUUCCUCAUCUUCCAGAUUCCGGUCGGAGUAGCACAGAACCUGCAGACGAUAUUCCUGUGUCGAUUUUUCGCUGGAGCAUUUGGGUCGUCUCCGCUCGCUAUCGUCGCCGGCAUGUACGUGGACUUUUGGGACACGGUGUCUCGAAGCGUGGCGACGAUGUUCUAUUCGGCGGGUGUGUUCGCAGGACCAGCGCUCGGGCCGAUUAUUGGAGAGUUUACCGUCAAGAACCAAAGUCUUGGAUGGAGAUGGACGGCAUGGUUUACCCUCAUCAUGGGCGCGACCGUGUUUGCCUUCGCCCUGUUCAUCAUUCCCGAGACGCAUGCACCCACCCUGCAUCAGCGCAAGGCCAAUCGUCUCCGACAAGAGACUGGAAACUGGGCCCUGCACUCCAAGUCUGACGAAGAUCCGGUCCACUGGAAGAUGCUGCUCAUGAAGUACGGCAUCAAACCAAUGCGCAUGCUGACGCAGGAGCCGAUUCUGAUCAUAUUCACCCUCUACAUGAGCUUGGUGUACUCGAUCCUCUACCUGGCCUUCUUCGCCUACCCCAUCAGCUUCGAGUACGACCGCGGGAUCGAAUUUGGCGUCUCCUCGCUUCCAUUCGUGGCUAUUUUCAUCGGCGUCCUGAUUGCUUGUGCCGUGAUGAUCUUUGAGACCAAGAUUAUCUACACCCCGAAGUUGGUAAAAGCAAAGAAGCUGAUCCCCGAGGAGCGAUUAAUACCAAUGUUCAUUGGCUCGCCUGUGUUGGUCGUUGGCCUGUUCUGGUUUGCCUGGACUUCCUUCCCAUCGAUCAACCCUUGGCCACAGAUCAUCUCCGGCGUGUUCAUCGGAUGCGGCUUUGUCAUGGUCUUCAUGUCCGGCAUCAUCUAUCUGGUGGACGUGUACCUUUUCGAUGCUAACUCGGCGCUUGCGGCUAAUGCUUUCGUCCGAGCCGCAAUGGCUGCUGGAUUCCCAUUGUUCGCAACUCCGAUGUACAGUAAACUAGGUGUCCAGUGGGCGACAAGCCUUAUUGGAUUCUUAUGCUUGGCCCUCUUGCCGGCACCUUUCCUGUUCUAUAAAUACGGCAAGCGUGUCAGGAGCUGGAGCAAGUUCGCUUACGACUUGGGAUAG